AUGGAUUAUGAAGCAGUUUGGUAUGAAAUGGAGGAGUGCCAAAGGCUCUGGCUUGCAAAGUGUAUAAGAGUAAGCAACUUUUCAUGCAAGAAGCUCCAACACAUCCUCUCUAUCGCCAAGAUCCUUCCCAGCAUCAAUCAAGUGGAGAUUAGUCCAGUAUGGCAACAGAGAAAGCUAAGGGAGCUUUAUAAGCCGAAUGACAUUGUUGUGACAGGUUAUGUAGUGUUGGGAUCAAGUGGGGCCUUUUGGGGAUCUUCCAGAGUUUUGGAGUCUGAUGUUCUCAAAGAAAUUGCUGAGGUCAAGGGAAAAACUGUUGUACAGGAAGGAGUUAGCAUGGUGGUAAAGAGCUUUAAGAAAGAGAGAUUAGAGGAGAAUCUGAAGAUAUUUGAUUGGUCUUCGACAGAGGAGGAGAAACAGAGGAUCUCGACAGCGAUGCCUCAGUGCAGGACCGUCGUUGGAGAUGUUUAUAUCUCUGAGAAAGGUCCCACAUCAAAUCUGUCGCUGAAAUGCGGGACGGCGAGAUUUGAUCACUUCCUCUUACGAUAA